AUGAGAAUACGCGUGCGCGGCCCGUCGGGCGUCACCACAAUCACCCUUGAGGAGCACGCGACGGUCGCCGAACUGCAGUCGACAAUCGCCGAGAAGAGCGGGGUCCCGGUCUUCGAUCUGAAGUACGGAUACCCGCCGCAGCCGCUUGAUAUAUCACAAUUCGACCCUGUGACCGCCCUCAGAGACACCGGGCUGAAGCUUAAUGGCGAGCAGCUUGUCGUCGCGCCCCGCGACGUGGCAGCGCAAUUGUCGCACCCCAUGGCGGAUUCCACACCAGGCCGCGCCGCCGCUCUGCCUGGCUCGCAGCAGGCGAAAGAGAACCAGGAAAGUGGACUCCAGCAGCCGUUGUCACUCUCGCGCAACGCAAAAGACGUCGAGUCGGACCCUCCAGAAGUUGCGGUUCCUGAGGCCGAUGGUACAUUGAUCUUGCGCGUCAUGCCCGACGACAACAGUUGUUUGUUCCGAGCUCUAGGUAGCGCCGUGAUGGGAGAAUCUCUUGAUAUCAUGCACGAGCUACGAGCGGUUGUAGCCGCAGCGGUUCAAGCAAACUCCAUCGACUAUAACGAAGCCGUUUUGCAGAAAUCCCCCGACGACUAUUGCCGAUGGAUCCAGCGAGACGAGAGCUGGGGCGGAGAAAUCGAGCUGAACAUUUUGAGCCAACAUUUCGACAUCGAGAUCUGCAGUAUCGAUGUGCAGAGCUUGCAUAUCUAUCGUUAUAACGAGGGGAAGCCAAGGCGUUGUAUCCUCGUGUACUCGGGCAUUCACUACGACACCAUUGCCCUCAAUCCCUCGUCACCUCCUCACGCCAAAGCCGACAUGCCACCCGAGUUUGAUCUCAAACAAUUCGAUUCCAUCGAUGACAUUGUCUUGAGCAAGGCGGUGGAAUUGUGCCAGAUCUUGCAAUCGCGGCACUAUUUCACGGACACGGCGGGUUUCGCAAUAAAGUGUAAUGUGUGCGGAUGGAAAGGCAACGGCGAGGCAGGCGCUCUGGAACACGCAAAGCAAACAAGCCACAUGGAUUUCGGAGAAGCGCAGUAA